AUUACAGAAGAAUCAGAAUAAAUCUUUCGAGGACUACUUCAGAGAGAGCCAGAGCUAAUUAAACAAAAAAAUAAGCAUGGAUUUUCGGCAUUUAAUUUGUGGGCAUAUGGUAAAAUUUGGCCAUUCAAAAUUCUCUUAGAUUGUAAGGAUAUCAUCCAAGAUGUAAAUAAGAUUUUCACAUACUUGGUAUCUUCAACGAAUAAUUAUGGUGGCAAUCCAUUACACGACUUGGCUAGAAAUGCCCCGUGUACAGAAGAUGCUACAAAAAUUGCAGAAUUGCUAAUAGAUAUUUACAAAAAAGAAUCACCAAGCCUUUCAAAUAAUCAACAUCCUUGGUUAGUGAAGGACAACAUUAAAGGAGAUACACCUUUGUCAUUGGCCAUAGCCCAUAAGAAUGAAAAUCUCGCAAUAUAUUUUUUUGUCAGUGGAUGAAAAUGUAGUUAUCGAAAGUAAGAAGAAUGUUCUAUUCUUGGCUGUCGCAUUUCAAUGUCAUACAGUUGCCAAAGAGAUAUUGAAGAUAAUCGAUAACAAAGGUUGGACUCAACUUCUUACGGAUCAUCAAAAGCUCAAUAUCUUGCACCUUGCUCCAUUAUGCACAGAAGACUUUAGUGCACAACUAAUGGAAAGACAUCCAGAAUUAAUCAAAGGAGUAGAUAAAGAAGGAUCUACAAUAGUUCAUAGUUGGAUAAAAAGUGACAAAGAAUGGCUAUUUAAAUUCAUAUUGGAGAGCAAGUGGAAAGAUCAGUUUGUAAAACUUGUUGAUGUUAAGGAUUACAAUUAUCAAAACAAUCCCUUUCAUGUUGCUGCAACUACCACUCAUGAAGCAACAAACCAGAUUGUACCACUCCUUGUUGAAGCUUACAAAAAAGACAAACUUAUUUGGAGCGUAAAUGCUUUCCAUCAAUUGCCAUGGUUUGAAAAGAAUAAAGAAAAGGAAGGAGCUCUACACUUGGCAUUACGCAACAAACGUGAAGAUCUUGCACUUUACAUAUUGGCACUACUCAGGGUUAAUCAAUCUAUAAAGGAACUGCUUGAUUAUUACGAGCCAAAGCACUCUACUUUGUUUCUUGCUAUACAAAACAAUUGCUCUAAAGUAGCCAAAGCCAUAUUGGGAAAUUUGGAUAAGAGAAGCAGGACCGAAUAUCUAAAAAAUUCCUCAACUGGUCGGAAUAUAUUGCAUCUUGCUAUAAGCUUAACAGAUGAAGAAUUUGGGACAUGGCUAGUUAAUGAAGCACCAGAGUUCAUAACCGAACAGGAUAACAAUAAACAAUCACCUUGGGAUACAGCAUAUGAAACUGAUACUGCAUGGUUUAUAAAAGUUGUACUGAUAAGGUGA